AUGUCUGAAACGAAGACUGGCCUUCUCAAGGCGCCUGUUCUGAACAUCUACACCCGUAUUCAGGGGUACAGAGAGUUCAUCCCAUUGCCGGUGGUGCGCGACGAAAACGCCACUUGCUGCACCAUCACCUCUGCGCUCUUCACCAGCUUCGAAUUGGAGUUGGUUUCGGAUCCGGUCGAGGAUGGCCCUCCAUGUUGUCACACUUCUGCCGGCGCCAGAGCUGUCGAAGUGAUCAUCAGCUGCGACACGAUCACAUAUCCGAUGGCCUUUUGUGUGGUCGAAGGCAGUGACAUGGUCGCCGUCAUGACGGGGAGGGAAGGCUGCUGGUCGCAGCCUGACCGGUCCGACUGUAUCGCCGGCGUGUCGAUGUUAUGGGAGGGUGAAGAAGAGGAAGAGAUCAUGCGACGAAAUGAGGAGGAAGAUGAGAGAAGAAUGAAAAGAGAAUGCGAAGAGGAGAGAUUGCGUCUGGCGGCAGAGUUGCAAGCCAUCACGGCGAGAGACCGAGCUCGGCGGGAAGAGCAGCGAAAGCAGCAGGAGCAAGCUCAACAGGCACAGGCUGAGGCACAGGCAGAGCCUGAGCAAGCUCAAGCUGGCCAACAGACCAACUGA